GACUGCAUAAGGUGAAUGUAAAUGUGAAAGUUUGAAAAUCUUGAGGUUUCCAUACCGAUAACUUACGGUACGUGUAAUGGAGUCCGAUAAAGCUUUUCUAUGUAGCAUUGGGCAAAAAGUCUCCGGUACCAAUGACGAAAUAAUGAAACGAGCCACACUAUUUCGCAAAUAUCCAGAACUGUCUAAAAGAUAUUUCGCAAAAAAGAUCAAGUGGAAUUCAGACAGGCAUAUAUUUCGUCGAAGAUUGGACUAUGAUGAAGUUCUACAUCUAACUGGGAUAUGGGCAGCUUCAUUGAACUUAUUACCACCAUUCACUCAACACCAGCUAGACCAUUAUGUCUCAGCAAAAAUUCCGGGAAGUAGGAAUAUUUUGCAGAAAGGAUAUUCAAGCUUUAGGAGUCGAAAGAUGGUUACAAUAAGAUCCCAACAAUGCGGCGAAAAUGUGUAUGUACGUGCCUAUGUACAUAAAUCAUACAGUAACAUGAUCACAAGAAGAGCUGUGGUGAAGUUCAUACAUGGUGUACCCUCUAGCAGCUGCUGCACAUGCUUGGUUGGAAAAUCGGGAUUAUGUUCCCACGUUAUAGCUAUAUUUUUCCAACUCAUUUAUAUUGCCAAAAAUGGGUCUGCAUUAUUGGAACAACAAUGCACAGACUUGCCCAUGAGAUGGCAUAAACAUACCAGGAAGAGCUGCAUACUAAUGCAGCCCAUCACCGAUAUACUGGUUACAUCAGUCAGACGACGAAGUGUGAGUAAAAACAGAAGAAUUAGAUCGAGAGACAUUGCUCAAAAAGUGAAAGAGAUUAAAUCUUGCAUAAGCAAAGAGGAAGUGGAGCUUCAUUUUAUGAGAACGAUGUCCCGGAAUUUAAAAAUGAGAAAAUCUGGAAUGUAUCUUACAUUGAGCGAUAGAUAUAUAGUGCCAGCUAUUGAACAUGAUCAUGAUUAUUGUCGGAGAUCUAGCACAGAUUCAAAUGAUAGAUCGUUACCAAAUCCGCCAUACCAGAUAUUGAACUCGUUUGCCUCUACAAUCCCUCCAAGACAACAGGAAAUUAUAAAGUAUUACGACGUCAAGCAAAGGUCACAGGAGUGGUUUAAAUUGAGACAGGGAAGAUUUACCGCUUCAAUCUGUGGAUCUCUAAUUGGAAUAUAUGGAAAUAAAGAAAUGGACGAAGCUUGGAUGAUGCUGAUACCAGGAUCCAUGGGGAGAAAAAAAAACUUCCUGAAUUUUCGUCGUGGCAUUGAACAUGAAUCGAUAGCAAGGAAGAAAUUUGCAAAUGAUGCUGGUAUUUCGUGUGAAGAAUGUGGGUUUUUCUCCCGUGGUGUGUUUGGGGCGAGUCCUGAUGGCAUUAUUUGUAACAAAAACUAUAUUGUAGAGAUCAAGACUCGAGCAGCGCAACAAGAUGGCCCGCUUAGCAAGGUGGAUAAAACUCAUGUCAUACAGGCUCAAGUCCAAAUGCACUGUGCGAAUGCUACAAGGUGUGUACUAGUCUCAUACCACCCAGAGACAAAAAUAUCAACAUAUUUUCUGCUUUGCUACGAUCCAGAGUUCAUUGCAAUUUUGGAAAUGGUGCUUGUUGCUAUGAAGUCUGACCAACCCAUUUCACCCCACCGCCGGUGGGAACCAUCAGAUGAUCUGCACGUUAAACUCUGGGAGGAAAAUAUUUGCAUUGUCCCAAACUUUAAGAGUUUAAGAUCGUUGAGAUCUUGGUGUACCAAAUCUGCAACCUUGUGUCUUCAGAUCAAAGACCGCAAAUUAUAUUUUCAAGACAUUCAGAACAUGAACUUGGUGCCUCACCCAUCCAAAUAGCUUUUUUAAUGGGUCAGUAUGCGAAAAAAACUUGCCAGUCUUUGCUACGUAAGCAGUUGGGAAAAGAGUUCUUCCGAAUGCUUUCCUUUCCGCCUCUGUUGUGGACGCCUCCCAUUAUAAUGCAAUAUGUAUCAUUUGUUGGGUUAAUCUUAAAUUACUGAUUUCGUUCAAGAUCAAUAUUCGCUGCCUCUAACACUGUUUUUAUGUAUAAAAUCCAAAAUUAUCUGUGGAAUGGUUUAAUGAAUUCAUUAAUAUUGUUUGCUGCUAUAUAUUGUUUUAUAAUUUAUGAAAAUCCAAAAAAUGCAUGUCCCAUAGAGUGAUCUGAAAUAUUGUUUAUUGCAAUAUUGUUUUUAUUUAAAAA